CUCGCUCUAAAAGAGAGUGCCUUGUCGCAAAAGAAAUUGUUUAGUUUAUUUUUCCCUCUCUCAGAAGUCAGAUCGCACACUGAAAAAAGCAAAAGCAAAAGCAAAAACAGAGCUAAAGAAGAAGAAGAAGAAGAAGAAAGUAGAGAGAGAGAGAUGGCUCGGUACGAUCGUGCAAUAACAGUGUUCUCACCGGACGGCCAUUUGUUCCAGGUGGAGUACGCCCUCGAAGCCGUCCGCAAAGGAAACGCCGCCGUCGGAGUCCGUGGCUUAGACGCCGUCGUUCUCGGCGUCGAAAAGAAAUCCACUCCCAAACUCCAAGACUCCAGAUCGGUUAAGAAGAUUGUAUCAUUGGAUAAUCACAUUGCGCUAGCAUGUGCUGGGUUGAAAGCGGAUGCACGUGUUUUAAUAAAUCGGGCACGCAUUGAAUGUCAGAGCCAUAGGCUUACAGUUGAGGAUCCUGCAACCGUUGAAUAUAUAACACGUCACAUUGCAGGCCUGCAGCAGAAGUAUACACAAAGUGGCGGUGUAAGACCAUUUGGGCUUUCAACUUUGAUUGCAGGUUUUGACCCGUACACCGGCACACCAUCUCUUUAUCAGACAGAUCCAUCGGGAACAUUUCAGGCAUGGAAAGCCAAUGCGACGGGGAGAAACUCAAAUUCGAUGAGGGAGUUUUUGGAAAAGAAUUAUAAAGAAACUUCUGGACAAGAAACUGUCAAGUUGACAAUUCGUGCUUUGCUUGAAGUCGUUGAGAGCGGAGGGAAGAACAUAGAAAUUGCUGUGAUGACAAAAGAGCAUGGGCUGCACCAACUCGAGGAAGCUGAAAUUGAUGCCAUUGUUGCUGAAAUUGAAGCAGAAAAGGCGGCCGCAGAGGCUGCAAAGAAGGCCCCUGCAACAAAGGAAACCUAGUUCUGUUUUAUUAUCAUAUUUCAACUGCACUUUCUGAGUCAAUUAAUUUUUUGCCAUUGAACAUCACUGUUUCAUGCAACUUUAGCAUCCACACCGAGUUCAAUGAGGACCUGAUUUCAAUACUUUUCUUUUCAAACCAUCUGUUUGCUUUUAUUUAUUCUGGAAUUGCUGAUAGUCAUCUUUCAGUGCAGUAUGUUGCUCUUUGUUAUUUGCAGGCUGUUGUUCAUGGUCAAACUUUGAAGAAAUAAGUAUGCCAAGAUCCUUUAGUCUAUGGAUAAAGAAAGGAUCUAAUUGGUCUCUGCUAUUUUUUCUCA